CAAGUUGCGAACACAGCAACAUACUUUACUACCAAAGGACUAUCCAAUCCUUUCGGUUCUCAAAAGUUGUCAAUGCUUUUGUCAUACAUGUGGAUCUGAGAGUCCGCAACUUUAUUUGUUUUGGUUGGGAACUAAUAGAAGCGCGUGGAUGUAAAAAGGUUCUGAUAUUUAUUAACCAGCACGUCUCCCACGUGAGUUGCUAGCUAAGUUAGGACAUGUGGCUAGCUGCUUUACCCAUGAAGCCCAGGACAGGUGAAACAUACAGCUUGGUGCAUUUUUGAAGGAAUGAAUGUUACAGGUGUUGCUGACAGUUUUUGUCUCUUUUUUUUGUGCAUCAGUAGCUAGCCAGCUAAACCCUCAAUGACUAGGUUAGUUACCUAGAUCAUUAUUACAUUCUCACGUUGGAAUAAUGACCGUGUCCACCUCUCUGUUUUUCAGGAAUAGGCUCAUGCUCAGUCAUGAUGGUUGUUUAAAUGCCCACAAGGAAAUUGUGUUGUUAUCCUGCCCUUGAAGUCCACGUGAGCAAUAUUGGGUCCCUUAUGAAUCCAUCAUCUCUUUGACGCCAUUAAACUCGGACCACUUUUAAUAUGUGGACUGGGCACCUUUCCUGACCUGUGCCCUCCAGUCAUGUUCAGGCUCCAGGCCCUACGCUGCUACCCUUGCAGGGUGUUUAAUUAUAUGCAAUAUGGGGCCAUGUGCCAAGACCAAGUUCUGGCACAAAUUAAAGCCUGCACAGCAGAGGAUCAGGUAUUUGAUGUGGUGGGCAAAAACAAGGCUAAACUCUCAGUUAAACAUGUGAAUUGUGCUGUUCACCUGCUGUGGCAAUUUCAGAAGAAUAGGCCACAGAUGCUCCGAACAGUUGAACUUACCCGGAGCCACCCUCAGUUCCUGACACUUUGUGUCCUAGCUGAGAACAAGAUCAGUCUGAUGGAUGAUACCACAGUCGUGGAAAUGCUUUAUGGAGUUCUGAGGCUUAGUGUAGAACCACAUGACUCUCUUGUACAGCAUUUGGUGAUGGAAGCAUGGAGUAGGCAAGAAAGUGAUCAGAAUUUGUACCACAGUCCAAUAAUGGGUCAGAUUACAGAGAUUGUGAGACAGAAGUUGGAUACAAUAGAUGAUGCCAGGGUGUUGACCACCCUCAUGAUCAGUGUAUCCCACCUGGUGUCUCCUCGUUUACGUGAUGCACUAAUUGUAAAAGCUGACACUCUCCUGGACAGCAUGGACCCGUUCCAUUACAACAACCCCAGAAGGAUAGUGCAGUUCCUCCGAAACAUCAGGUUCAUGCAUCAACCUCUGCUGGAAAAGUGCAACCACAUUCUCCUCAAAAAUGUCCCCCAUCUGGACACGGAGAACAUUAGUAUUAUAUUGGGACUGUUUCAGUCAAUGCAGUAUGACAAUUUUGCCUUUACACUGGCUGCUAAGCAACGGCUGAUGGAACUGGUGGACACUAGCACUGAUGCUCUGUCUUUCACAAAGCUUUUUGUUGCUUUGGUGCCUUUGGCAGGGCAUGCAACCAGAGAGAGGCUAGAAAAUGCAGCACUGUUGUUAGCUGAAGAGCUGAAUGCCCAACAAGCACUUGCUAUUCUGGAGUUGCUGGAAGAGACUCAAUGCCGGAACCUUCAACUGAUCGAUAAGAUUGCAUCAAUACUGCACAAGAAUCUGGAGGUUUAUGGGCCUGUGGAGAUUUCAAAGAUGACUCAGUCACUUUUGCUACUGCACUAUCAGAAUCCCGAACUCUUUUCCAAAUUGAGGAGCAUACUGCUUCGUUUCUUGCAGGCCAGUUUGCACCCAUACGAGGUGCCCAUGUUGUCCCGUGUCAUCUCCAUGCUUCCCUCUCUGCAUGUUGAUGAGGCGAUCAUUGCCCGUGUCAACGCCAUGGUGCCACAGUGCAGCCUGAAUGCCUACAGCUCAAUUACCGUAGCCAUCGCCAGAUGGAUCCGUAACGACCCCACCUACCGCCACAGCACUCCCAGCAAGUACGUCCUCCUGCUCCAGACACUGAAGCGCUGUGGGCAGACGCGACUGCAAAAUGCAGAGCGGCUGGAUGCGAUUCUGGAGGAGCUGAGGUACAUAUCUGGGGAAUGGUUUGAGGAGACGCUGCUCGAAGAGACUGUCGUCAUGUUUCAGAGACUGGUGGAGCAGGUAUCCUGGGCCAACGUUCCAGAGCUGGCCGUCUAUCUCACAAGGACCAGUUAUCGCUGUGAAACACUAUUGGAACGAAUGGCCAAUGUGGCAUUUGAGAACAUGCAUAAGAUUCAUUACUCUGGAACCUAUGCCACUUUACUCCCUUUUGCUGUGCUUGAUUACAACUCUCCAAAGGUGGAUGAGUUAUUUGAUGCUUGCAUUCAGCGCUUAACUCCACAUAUCAGGUCCUUUGAGCCUCACCUGCUGGUUCUGUUGGCUUAUGCCUUGGCCCUGGUCGACUGUUUCCCAGAGGAGGUCAUCAGAGAAGUGUUCAGUGUGGAUUUCCUGGCCAAAUUGGAUGCACAACUUGAGAUGAUGCCGAAUGCCCUGAACAUGCGAGUGCGUUUGCGUCUGAUGGAGCUGAACCGUGCUGUGUGUCUUGAGUGCCCCGAGUUCCAGGUGCCCUGGUUCCACAAGCGCUUUUGCCAGCAGCUCCAAAAGAGAAGCAACAACUUGGUCAGUCCAGUGCAACAGCAGAUCCAGAGUAUGCUGGGUGAGGUGCUUGGAGGCAUUAACUGUGCCAGAGCAGCAGUGUUGACUCCAUACUUUUACACCGUCGAUUUCGAGUGCGUCCAGGACCGUAACCAGCGGGCAAUACCCUACAGUGAACCGAGCCAGCUGCAGAUCGAUGAGGACGGGAAGCUGCGCUGGGAGUCUGGUUCAGGCAGGAAGGAGAGCACGGGGCUGCCUCCAGGUGCUCGCCGCAUAGCCCUAGACUUCUUGGAUUCCAAAUCCUUCUGCAAAAACUCUCAGCACAUGAAAGGGGAAGUCCAGAUGAAAAAGAGACAUCUGGAGAUUUUAGGAUAUCAUGUUUUACAUAUUCCUCACUUUGAAUGGAAUUCUAUGGAGCUCUCCACCCAAGACACUUGGAAGGAAUAUUUAAAAAAGAAGUUAUUUACAGAACUGACCUGAGAAACUUAAAUUAUCUAAAAGCUUGAUAAAGAUAGUGAACUGCAUACCAAAUCCACUGCAGUUAAAACAUUUCUUUGGAUAUCCACAGUAACACAGAGAUUGAGACACUUACUGCAUAUUAAAUUCACAUUUUUUUCUUCUUUGUUAAAGGGAACACAAGGUAGUGAAUACCUGACAGAUGAUGCCUCUAAUGAGUUUUAUACUGGUGUAAUAUUUGUAAUGUCUUUGUAAUAAAAUACAAAACAUGAAAAGCUGUAGACAUUUUCAUGAAGAAAAUACACGUUUUAACCACAAAUGUUUAUUAUUUUUUAAAAAAUAAAUGUGACUAUAAUUGACAUUAGUGUUUAUACAAACAGUUUCCCUCACACACUAAAACCGCCCAGCUGUUUUUCAGUGGCCUGUUUCAUGCUUAAAUAUAUUCAUAAUGUUGCUACUAAAAUGUAAUUAUGCAUCACUGGAAUAACCAAGUAUGU